UGCAAAAAAGUGACACGCAGUCAUGUACACGAUGAGUGAUUUGGAAUAAGCAGAGCUUCACAAUGUGGGGCAAUGUGGAGUGCCACAAUGUCUCCACACACUCAAGCAGUGAAGAUGUCUACAAUCUGACGCGCAUGGGCAGCCAUCAAGCAAUGGAGUUAGCACAUCGACCUGUCAAGAUUGUUAUAAUACUGGUUCUGGGAGUAAUGAUCACACUUGGGAACAUAGCUGUAGUGUCUGUUAUAUCGUCUUCAGUAGCUGGGUGGUCGAGAAACUCCAGAUACUUCUUGCUGUCUCUGACUGGGGCAGACUCGGCGUUUGGUCUCAUCGUCAUGCCUUUGAAUCUCGCCGUGAGCCUGAUGCGAAACUCCACUGUGGAGCCCGACCCGUUCUGUCACUUGGUGGCAUUUUUUAACGCAAUUGUGUAUUCCACGUGCAUGUACACACUGGCUACUAUAAGCUUAGAGAGGUACAUUGCCGUGUUUUAUCCGCUAAGAUACACAUCUCUGAUGACAAGGAAACGUGCCCUACUCAUGAUUGCUAUGGCCUGGCUUUUCCCGCCCGUGUUGCUGCUUCCCAUCUCCUUACCUGAGGGGAUCAUUGAAGUGUACUUCUCCACAGCAUCGCUGGUCUGCAAGCCGCUGUACUCUACCAAUGUUGCCUACUCGUUGACCUUAACGGGAUUCAUCUUCUUCCCUUGCUCUAUGGUCAUGACUUACUGCAACUUGCGGCUUUGGUUCGCAGCCAAAAGACAACAAACGAGAUUGAGGAAUGCCAAUAUGAUUGGACGAAACAGGCCUAAUGUGGCCUCCCGCGUGCUUGUUCCUGUCAUGGCAGCCUAUUAUGCAUGUUGGACACCUUGCAUGGCUCUUAUGAUUUACAAUGCCAUUUCAGGCAGCAAUCCAUCAGAGUGGAUCGAGUUUGUAGCUGUGUGGUUACCUACGUCCAACGGUUUCCUGAACUGCAUCUUUUACUUCUGGAUCAACCAGAGCUUCAGGAGGAAGUUCCAUAUGAUCAUCGGUCAGCUGUGCUGGAGCCUCUGUCCAGAACUGAGCAAGUCGCUGGGGUGCCUCUCCAUCACUGGGCCCGAUGACAUCCACAGAGCGUGGGACAACAACAACACACUCCAGGAGCGCUCAUCUAGUGUGUCCUCCACCUGCACACUCCUAACGUUGGCCUCUGACACCAAUAUCUGAGGACCAGGGGUGUGGUGGUGAAGGACUGAAUUGGACACACUGAGAACACCACCCAAACCUCCAUGCAUGGAGUCCAUGCCAGCACUCCUGGUAACUAGGAGGACAAGUCCUCCUCCACCAUCUGCAGAGCAGAAUGGUGCAAUCAGGGACUAACUGAGGCAUAGCUUGGCCAGGACUGCAGUCUUAACUUCUGUACGCAUCAGGUUUACUGUAGAUUUUUUACUGGUUUCUUUUUUCUCUCUGGACUGGAUUCAGGCAGUUUUCAGUAAAUCUUAUUGUAAAUUUAUACAUUUUUACUUUUUAGUGUUGUUGCUCGACCAAAACCUUCAGAUUGAAACACAUUCUAAGGAUUCAAAUUUUAUUUUUCUACCAUUUUUUUUCUUUUUUUGUUUUAGUUAGCUUAGUUAAGUUUCGUUAGACUUAGUUGUUUGUCAGUUUUCAACAUUUAUAUAAUUCUUUAUUCUUUUUUUUAAACUUCAACUCCAAAGGUGCACCAGGCACCUGUGGUUGAGUUCUUCAGCAACUGUAGAUGCUGGAGGCAAGCUUUCUUUCUCAAACUGGCAAACGGUAACAGAAUUUGGUAAGUGAAUACUUGCCGAUCUCUAUGAGCCCCACAAUCUCUAGCAUCAUGAUUUAUUUUGUUGUGUACAGAAGACCUGAGCUUGCUGUCAACCUGGCAAGUUUAACCUUUUAAGCCUCAGCGUUGCAAUUUAUGCAAAAAGGAGAAAAGCAAUUAGGCCGUUUCCAGUGCAGAAAGGUCACCACAGCUGUGUGCGGGAGGUGUUUCUUGUCCCUAUGAAAGGGCCGCAUGCCAGUUGUCACUGAGGUGAUGCCACAUCAACGCUCCUAAAGUUAAGUCUCACUAAUUAGGGUUGUUUACUUCUACCAUGCCAAUUACACUCUUUCUUUUUGUGCUUUGCAACACCCCCAACCUGUUUGAACCAUUCGCUCUUGUAUGUACCAAUCAUUUGUUCGGAAACAUCUAACAGCCAGUGAGUUGGUGGCAGGGCCAUGACCUUGGAUGUCUGCAUAGUGUGUCUAAAGAUGAGCAUGGGAAUAUUAUCAAUGUGUAUAAAUGGUAUGUAAAUAAGUCCGUUCCUCAUAAUGUUAACUUGUUGUUGGAUGUUUAUAUGUUGAGUGGUUUUGGAGCUUGGCUUGUUGAUUGGUCUGUUUCAAACUAUUGUUUUUUUUUACCCUGGAGCACUGUGUAUUAGGAACAUUGUUUUGAAGGAAAAAAAAGUUGCUCAAAUUUAUUGUAAAUACAGAAUUUUAUAUGUAUAGGUGUGAAACGGCUGUAUAUGAAUUACAGUUGUCGUUUGGUAUUAAGAAAUUUAAUUAUUAAAUAAAGAUUUGUCUAUUUAUAUUUGGAA